AUGCCGGCAGGAAUCCUGGGUCUGCUGAGCCUCCAAGUACUGAAUGAAGAAACAAGUAACUGCAAAGAAGAAGUGAAGCCUCCUCCAGCCACCACCACAGCCAGGGGACUUGUGAGGAGCAGCGGAUGGAACUUUCUGAGGUGUGCCUACAUGGUGAUAACGUUCUUCUUUGUGUCCUACAAUAAAGGAGACUGGUGUUACUGCCACUAUUGUAACCCGGACCUGGAUUUGAGAGAUGACCCCUGCUGUUCCUUCCAGUGA